AUGGGAUAGCAAGGGAAUUUAAAGUUAAAAUGUUAACAAUAUGAUCAUAAGGAUGAGAUAGAAACGAUUUGUUACAAUUAAUUUUGCCAAGAUUUCAGAUUAAAUUGCUUUAAAUGUGAUAAGAGAAGAACCCAUCAUGAUCAUAUUAAUGAUGUUGAAAAAAUCAAUAGUUUGAUUGGAUUUAUUGAAAAUAGAAAUAAAGAAUGUGAUAAUUUGAUUGAUAAUCUUGAUAAAUAUGUAGAAAGUCUGAACCAAUCAUUCUCUUAACUAAAAAGAGGAAUCAAAUUGAAAUAUUCAUUACAAAAAGAAAGGUUAAUAAAUUUAAACUCAUAGUAAUUAAAUGAUUAUUUGAAUUCAACCAUCAAAUUUAUGGAGUAUAAACAUUCAAUUACAACAAUUAUAUCUGAUUAGGCUAAGAAAUUAAAUCAUACAUUUAAUAAUAUAUAUGAACAAUUAUAAUUAUUGUCAUUAAAUUAUUAUUAGAUUGAUGAUAAUUCAAUAAAAUAAUCUGAAAAAUUAUAUGAUAAAGGUGAAUGCGUAUUUUAAUAUUUAGGUUAUGAUUUAUAUUAAAAAUAUAAAUAUACAGAAGCUAUUGAUAUUUUAGAUAUUUCAAUACAACAAAAUCCUAAGAAUUAUAAAUCUCAAGGGUGCAAAGGUGAAUAUUCUAGAAAAUUAAUAGGUGCGUGUUUAAUGAUGUUAAAUAAAUAUGAGGAUGCAAUCAAUUGGUUGGAUCAAGCAUUAGCCAUUGAUCCUAAAAAUGUGUUUUCCUUAAGAAACAAAGGUAAAUUGAACCAUAAUUAAAUUAAUAGGUGCGUGUUUAAUGAUGUUAAAUAAUUAUGAGGGUGCAAUCAAUUUGCUGGAUCAAGCAUUAGCCAUUGAUCCAAAGGAUGUUUUUUCCUUAAGAAACAAAGGUUAAUUGAGUCAUAAUUAAAUUAAUAGGAGAAUGUUUAAGAAUGUUAAAUAAAUAUGAGGAUGCAAUCAAUUAGCUGGAUCAAGCAUUAGCUAUUAAUCCAAAGGAUUUUUUUUCCUUAAGAAAAAAAGGUAAAUUGAAUCAUAAUUAAAUUAAUAGGAGAAUGUUUAAGAAUGUAAAAUUAAUAUGACGAUGCAAUCAAUUGGUUGGAUCAAGCAUUAGCCAUUGAUCCCAAAGAUGUGUUUUCCUUAAAUAGCAAAAGUAAAUUGAAUCUUGAUACAUUUAUAGGCAAAUGUUUAAGAAUUUUGAAAUAAUAUUCGGAGUCUUUCUAAUUUUUGGAUUAAACAAACGUUAUUGAUACUCAAGCUAUUCACUCAAAAGGUCAAAUAAUCAUAAUUUUUAGGAGAUGAUUUAGCAGAUUAAUUAAAAUAGAAAAAAGCUUUAAUUCAUUGUGAACAAUCUUCAACGAAAAAUUCAAAUGAUUUAUAAUCACAAUAUCAACAGGGUAAUUUCUAAUUAUUACUUUAUUAGAAUUUUGCUAGUAGAUAUAGAAUCAAUGA